UAUUCCAAAUUCCAACCUGUGGCUUUUGCGUAGCCGCGCGGUUGUUGCACGACGUCAGUUUCCGCGUGAUGGUCAUGGAGCGUCCCGACGCCGCGGCAGACGCUCGAUGACGACAAACAUGUGGGGCUGUUUUACGCGUACGGUUCACGUGAUCUGUCGGACCAAUCGCAAUGAGCGCAGAAGACAUAGAAAAAGCUCGAGCCAGCCAGAGAGCCUACAUCCAAAGACCAGUUUUACACCCUUAAAAUCCAAUAAAAUGGUCACAGAGGACCAAGUAAGUGAAUAUCUCAGCACACAUCCAGACUACCUGGAAAAAUUUGUCCUUGAAGAAGUGGAUUUGGAACAACUGGAAAGAUGGAUAAUCCGAAAAUCUCAGAGGCUCAAAAAACGUCCCGAUGUACCUACAAAGAACGGUCGAAAAACAAGUUUGUCUAGAUGGAAAUUCUGCGUGCACGCAGACAAACGUCAAAUGCUACAAGACCUAACUCACAGCUUACAAAAUAAACCAACCAAGGACCACGUAUUAUGGGAAUUAUCUAAUUGUAUCUCAUCUGCGGUUGGCGCUGAUGGCUUCAGGCUAUAUACAGUAGAAAAGUCCAAAUCCCCAUCAGAAGACAUACAGCUUUAUAUAGUCCUAGACUCCCGGUCGGAAAACGGAGAGAUUAAAGUGCAAAAAAUUAAAAAUGGAGUUGAGGUGCCAAAGUACGUUGCUAACUCCUUGGAACCCGUUAGACUAUCCAGUAAUCAAGACGAUCCGAGAUUCCCAAAGAAGAUAUUCCAAGAUGCUGGCGAAAUAGCUCACAUUCAGUGCCAACCGAUUAUCCAACCCAAUGGAGAGCUGGUAGCUGUGCUGGAGUUAUGGCGGAAGGAAGCUGGAUGCCCGUUUCAUGAAGAAGAUGAAGAAAUAGCCGCCAGCUAUCUGGUGUGGGGAGGCAUCGCUUUGCAUUAUGCACACUUGUACCUGAACAUGAACCAACAGAAGCAACUUAACGAUUUUCUUUUGGCUGUUGUUAAAUCAAUAUUUCAAGAUAUGGUAAGCAUGGAUAUGCUUGUGAUGAAAAUAAUGAAUUUUGCGCAACGUUUGGUAAACGCUGAUAGGGCCUCUCUGUUCUUGGUUGACAAUAAGAAUCAAGAGCUGUACGCGACGAUAUUCGAUAUAGGAAUCGACGAAUCUACCGACAAAUUAAACGGGGACGAGGGGGCGAUGGAGGAUCUUAUAAAGGUGCACACCUCAAAGGAAAUCAGGUUUCCUUUGGGAACGGGAAUAGCGGGCCAGGUGGCCAUGACCGGGGAAGUACUUAAUAUUCGAGAUGCUUACGCUGAUAAGAGAUUUAAUAGGACUGUCGAUCAACUUACCGGUUACACUACACAUACAAUCCUCUGCAUGCCAAUUUACAUUAGAGGAUCUAUAAUUGGGGUGGUCCAAAUGGUGAACAAACAGUCAGGAUUCUUUACCAAAGAAGACGAAGCAGGUUUUGAAACUUUCGCGGUUUACUGCGGUCUCGCUUUGCACCACGCAAAACUCUAUGAUAAAAUAAAGAAAAGCGAACAAAAGUACAAAGUUGCUUUGGAGGUUUUAAGCUACCAUAACACGUGCACGGAAGAAGAGUUCCAGAAUGCCCUGGUAGAAGGUAUACCAGAGCAUAUUCCUUUUGUAGAUGACUAUUAUUUUAACCCUUUUGAUAUAAGAGACUAUGAUAAAGCGAAGUAUUCAAUUUAUAUGUUUAUUGACCUUUUUGGGCACACCAGGUUUGAUACGAACAGUUUGAUCAAGUUUGUUUUGACUGUAAAGAAGAACUAUAGGAGAGUUCCUUACCAUAACUGGACCCAUGGCUUUUCAGUUGCUAAUAGCAUGUACUGCAUAUUAAAGAGAUCUGAGGGAUGUUUUAAGACCAACGAGAGAUUAGCUCUAUUUACUGGUGCCCUAUGCCACGACUUAGACCACAGAGGGAAAAACAACAAGUUCAUGUCUGAUACAGAAUCUCCUCUAGCAGCCAUUUAUUCUACUUCAACCAUGGAACACCAUCAUUUCAAUCAAACCAUUACAAUUCUCCAACAAGAAGGGCAUAACAUAUUUUCCAAACUCUCAAGCACCGACUACAAGCAAGUGCUCGGAUUAUUAAAACACUGCAUAUUAGCUACAGACCUGGCAGUAUUUUUCCCCAAUAAAGCCAAACUCGCCAAGAUAGUUGAGCAAAGGGCAUUUUCAUGGAGUAAUACUGAACAUAGACUGUUGCUACAAGCCAUAUCUAUGACCGGAAGUGACUUAAGUGCUAGUGCUAAGCCAUGGAAUAUUCAGGUGAAGACUGUCGAGGUGAUUUUUGAGGAGUUUUAUCAACAAGGAGAUGCUGAAAGACAAGCAGGGAGAAAACCAAUAGCAAUGAUGGAUAGAGAGCAACCCGACCAACAACCAUCUAGCCAAGUAGGGUUUUUAACGGGAAUUUGCUUACCUUGUUACAAUUUAUUGAACGAGUUGAUUCCUGAAUGUAAACCACUUUUGGAUAUGUGUCAGAACAAUUUGGAACACUGGCAAAAAAUUGACAAAGCAAUUAAGGAAGAUAAGAAUAAAACUGUAUCAGAUUAGCUUGAUGUAUUGAUUUUUUUAUUUUUUGAGUCAAUUUUUUAGGUAACAUAGAAUUUCAAAGCAUGGUUUAUCUUAAAAUAUAUUUUUAGUUAUAUAAAAGUGAAUCUGCAGGUGGAAGGAUAUGCAUAUCAUCGUUGAUUAUUAAAAAAUUCCAGAAAUUUUGAUCACUUUUUUAGUUUUGACUGUCUUAUAACAACAAGAAAUCCACCAUUUGACAUAAAAAUUACAGUUCUAAUGCUCAAAAUUCUAGAUGAUGCAUCACAUCCUAAACAAAUUAAGACGUCUUAAAAAUUAAAUUGUCUUGAUCUCAAAUAUAAUUAGACAAUAUGCUGGAGUUAAAAUUUUUUCGCCUUUUCAUUUAUUGAACUAUUGCAAAUUCGUUCAGCAAUUUUGAAAGUUCGGGCUGUCAUUAAUAUGCCUAAAAUUAGUUUACCUGUUGCUAUAAACCACGUUCAAUUGUUGCGUGUAAAAUGAGCACAUAUUACUAUGAGCGAGCUGAUUUCUGAUUGAUGAUGAACGUAAGAUUUUUAAAUAUGAUUUAUCCUCAGGUAUAGUUUCUAAUUAUACCUAUAUUCCAAUAUUUUCAAAGUCUCAUUAUUAGAAAGAAAAGAUCAUUAUUAUAUAAAAAAAUAGUUUACCAGUAGCUCUAAGUCAAGCCUAAGUUGUGUAGUAUAACGAUCAAGCAGCUUUUAAGGAAUAUUAAAAAAACUAACCUUUAAAUACCCUAUUUUAGGCAAAAUGGAGCUGUCGUUAUUAUAUCAAAAGUGCAUCUGUGGCCAUAAGCCACACCUAACGUUUGUAACAGCGCGUAAAAUCAAUAUAACUUUCACAACACGUUAAUUUCUUCUAAUCGUAAAUCACUUCUGAAUAUGUACCUCAUCAAUUUGGAUUAAUGAAAAUGUUUAUCCUUAGGUAAGCAGUUAAUUAUUAUUGGAUGUGUUCAUAAAAAAGAUUAACCGCUGCAUGCUUAUAAAUCUGCCCUUCUAACUUUAGUUUGACUUUUAAAUUUGGGCAGGGCUUAUUGCUACAAGGAACCCAUUACAUGCAACUAUAAUGAUCAAAAUGCAAAAUUCUUCCAAAAUAUUCAUUUUGUUUUAUUUCGAGAUUUCCAAUAAAAUAUGACCGAUUUAAUUCAUAAAAUGCUUAGCAGCUUGUGCAAUUUUAUAUAAUCAAGAUCAUGAAAUACUAAAUAUACAAACAUAACAGAAAACUAAAUGAAACAAAAACGCAGAAUACUAUAAUAUUAGUCUAGUAUUCAGUUGUAUCUAUAAAUAAUAGAUGUAAUCAAAUACUAUAUAAAAUCUAGUCGCAAGCCGGAUUUUUUCAAUCGAGCAUAGCAACCAUUUGAACCAAUAACCCUUUAGCGUAGCUAUAUCUUCCAAAUGUCUUUUUUAUAAAAUAAUAUAGUUUUAGUAAUAAAGUAUAGUUAUUAAUUAAAAUAUUAAAAAUCAUGUUAGAAUCCUUAUAUAUAAUAUUUAUUAUUUUUUAUGAUUCUACAACAUUGAAUUUUAAAUUAAAAUUAAUUUCCGACAAGCGUCGAAGAUGUUCGUGUGAAUUAGUCUCGUAACCACACACAAAUUGUUUCUCUUUUUCCAUCUCAAAUUUUCUUUUCUCCUUUCUUUUUCUUUCAAGAUGGCAUCUAUCCGCCAUUUUAAAAGUUGCCACCGUCUGAAUGAUAACUUACAUUAAGCUAAGCUAAUUUUUAUAACAGCGUGUAAGAUGUAGAUGGGUAUAAGAUGUAUGGAAGAGGUGGAAGGUGUGUGCGCGCUGUCCUAUAUAUUAGAUUAGAAUUAUUUAUGUCUAUAGCCUAUGUCGUAUUUAUGUUUUAAUAAUUUCCAUUAUAUGAAGCAAUAUUUUUCUUAAUUAUUAUAGAUCGAAGAAAGUGUGGCACAAUUCUUAAGAUACUUUGAUCUCUGCCUUAUUAGUGUUAGAAAAUGUGUGUAGAAGUUUAAAAUUAAAGUAUUAUUGGCAAAAAAUGAA